AUGGAUAUACCCAUACCUGAUCAAAUUCCUUACACUGGUGAGGAAGGAGGUCCUAAGUUAGAAGACAUUGCUGCUGCUCUACACCUACCAAGAUCAGAAAUUAACGAGGUUUGGAUCAAUAAAAGAGACUAUUCUGGAAUACCCGUGGAUUUCUUGUACGAGAAAGCCAAGAUCUUUGCUGAAGCUCUAAGUAUGGAUGCCUUGGAAAGUGUUCUAACUCUGCUGAUAUAUGGACAAGUUCUGUUUCACCGUUGCGACAAAGUUAUUGAUAGGGCUGCUAUCAAAAUUUUCCUUAGCAAGAAUCUUGUUCCUACUCUACUUGGUGAUUUAUUGCAUUCCAUUAAUGCCAGAGUGACAAAGAGACGAGAGUUCGAAGGAGUUCAGUUAUUUGAUCAUUGUGGAGAGUUCCCUAAUGUGCCUCUUCUUGGCACCCAAGGAGGAAUUACUUAUAAUCCUGUACUUGCCCGACAUCAGUUUGGUUUUGCUUUGAAAGAUAAGCCUCGCUCCAUAUAUCUUAGCUCGGAAAGUUUCGACUAUGGUUCAGGUACAACCGAAAAGAAGAAUCGCUUCAUUAAAGCUUGGUACGAAGUAAAAAAGGUAGGUGCAAGAGAUUUGGGAACAAGGAUCCAUACUCCUUCAGAUCUUUACUUUAAAUGGAUUUAUGACCGAGUCGUCGAGUUUGGCAUACCAUAUCCAUCUGACACACCUGUUGUUCCAAGGAUCACUCCUCCAGAGGUUCACGUAGAAUUGGAGCCUUAUGUACCCGCUCCGAACGAAGACCUUGCUACCACAGUUGCUCAUUUAAGACAAGAAAAGGCUGAUCUUGAAAAGCGUCUACAAGAGGUUGAGGCAGAAAAAGCAAUUGAAGAUUUCAUCUCGCCGGAUCAAAUACAGUCAUGGGAACGAGAGACUGAUAGACUUGUUCAAGAGAAGAAUGAGAUGGUCAAAGCCCAUAAAGAAGAAAUCAGAGGAUUGAAGAGGAAACUCCGACUUGAAGAAUGA